AUGACAGUUGAUGCAUUUGUAGCCUCGACCAAAUUCAACAUCGCUGCUGCUGGGGUACUUCUUUUAGCACUUAGUCAAGAUCCUCUAGAAAAGUUUUUUAGUAAAGCCAGGCAACGAAAUAUAUUUAAAAUGUUAUCACUAACGAGAGACUUAAUAAAAAAAUCUGGUGACCAACAUCGGCCCAAUGAAGAGCAUCAACUGAAGCCUCUUACAAUUUGUUAUUGGUCUGAAUUUAUCAACAACCCAUCUAUAAUGUACGGAUUGUUUUCAUCAAAUUCUCGCAAACUGACCUAUAAUUCUGACAAAGUAAUGGUCAUAGGCACAAAGGAGGGCAUGAUCAAGUAA